UAUACGUAGCUUAGCGUGUGGAGAGACAGAGUGAGUGAGUGAGUAAAAGAAAGAAAAGGAAGGGAAAUGGGGUGUGCUUCCUCUAAGGGUAUGGAUGUGGCAGCGGUCCCUUACCGGCCGGCGCCGACGAGCUUCGCGGUGUUCGACAUAAACGCGAUAGAGGAGCCAUGGCUGAAGCACCUGAACGAGACCUCCACCCAAAUCCACCAAGACAAAACCCCUCUCCCCGCUCCUAUCCUCCACAAACUCAACAUGCUCGACGCCACCGACGCCCCUCAAUCAUGGGAGGAGGUCAGCAAAACACUCCAAGACCUCAAACCCGUCAUCACCAAACCUCCUACCACCUCACCGCCUCCGCAGCCUCAACCUCAACCUCCGCAAAAAACUAACUCCUUCCACACACUCGAAGAGUUAGACUCCAAGUUAAAGCCCAAGCCCCAAGCAAAAGAGCCCGACGCAGUGAAGCCCGAAACAGUAAAACCCGUUGUGGCUAACGUGACCGUGGCGCGAGGGAGCAAGCUGAAGGACAACGUGUUCAUAGUGCGGGACAGGUUGGAGAGAGAGAAGGAGGAGAAGGAGUCGGCGUUCGAGCGGCUUCGGCGGGAUCCACUGAGCGCGUUUCCGGAGAAGUGUCCGCCGGGGGGGAGCGAGACGGUGGUGGUGUACACGACGUCGUUGCGGGGCGUGAGGAAGACGUUCGAGGACUGCAACAGGGUGCGCGACGUGCUGGAGACGCAGCGCGUGGUGUUCGACGAGCGCGACGUGUCGCUGCACGGGGAGUUUCUCCGGGAGGUGAAGGAGCUGGUGGGAGAGGCGGUGGCGCUUCCGCGGGUGUUCGUGAAGGGGAGGUACGUGGGGGGCUUGGAGGAGUUGGCGGAGCUGAACGAGACGGGUCGGCUGGGGAGGAUACAGAGGGCCACACGUAUGGAGAGGGGGAUUGGGAGGCAAACGUGUGGAGGAUGUGGUGGGGCCCGGUUUGUGCCUUGUUUGGAUUGUGGUGGGAGUUGCAAAGUUUUGGUGGAUGGAAUAGACAAACAGAGGUGUCCCAAGUGUAAUGAGAAUGGCUUGGUUCAUUGCCCUUCUUGUAUUUGACUCAUCCACCUUUUUCUUCAUAUUUCUACCUUUCUACACUCUUUCCUUUCCCAUCUUCAACUCUUUUAAUACUUUCCAACUUCCAUCCAAAUGUUACUGUUACAUUUCAUCA